AUGGGCUUGGAAGCGGAAAAACAUCAAAGUCAAGAGAUUGAGACAUCUGAGGUGCAAGAAGAGUACACGCCCUACAAGCCCCAGAAGGGCUAUGGCUGGGGUGAGGCUUUGCCAGAGAAGCAAGGUCUGUAUGACCCUAGUCUUGAGAAGGAUGCCUGUGGUGUAGGCUUUGCAGCCCAUAUCAAGGGCAAGCCAAGCCACAAAAUCAUAAGCGAUGCCCGUAAUCUCCUCUGUAACAUGACCCAUCGUGGUGCGGUCGGUUCAGACGCUCGAGAUGGCGACGGUGCCGGUGUCAUGACCUCCAUCCCGCACAAAUUCUUCGUCAAGAACUUUGCCCGCGAGGUCGGCGUAGAAUUGCCACCCCUCGGACAGUAUGCCGCUGGUAACUUGUUCUUCAAGCCAGACACUGAGAUGCUUAAACAUGCUACGGUCAGCUUCGAGGAAACUGCAGAGUCGCUGGGUCUCCGCACCCUAGGCUGGCGUGAGGUUCCCAGAGAUUCUACUCUUUUGGGUCCAGCUGCGCUCUCCCGCGAACCCAUCAUCCUCCAACCCUUCGUUGUCCUGGCCUCUGCCUACGGCACAGGUAACAAACCCGCGACCGUCGAUCCAGAACAGUUUGACGAUGUUGAAUUCGAACGAAAGCUCUACAUCCUCAGAAAAACUGUUUCUCAUGAUUCUCGAUGGAAGCCCUGGUUCUACGUCUGCUCCUUGAGCAAUAGAAACAUUGUCUACAAGGGUCAACUCGCUCCAGUUCAAGUCUACCAGUACUAUCAUGACUUGGUUUCCGUGGACUAUGAAGGUCACUUCGCCUUGGUCCACUCGCGCUUCUCAACUAACACAUUUCCUUCCUGGGAUCGAUCACAGCCUCUACGGUGGCUCGCUCAUAACGGUGAGAUCAACACUCUAAGAGGAAACAAGAACUGGAUGAGAGCCCGUGAAGGUGUCUUGAACUCUGAUUUGUUUGGAGACGAGCUGGAGAAACUUUUCCCCAUUGUUGAAGAUGGAGGUUCCGACUCUGCAGCCUUCGACAACGUCUUAGAGCUGUUGGUCAUGAAUCGUGUCCUAUCCCUUCCAGAAGCUGUCAUGAUGAUGGUUCCCGAGGCGUGGCAAGGUAAUCAUGCCAUGGAUCCUGCAAAAGCUGCCUUUUACGAGUACUCUGCCUGUUUGAUGGAGCCCUGGGACGGCCCUGCGCUGUUCACAUUCUCUGAUGGUAGAUACUGUGGCGCCAAUCUUGAUCGAAAUGGCUUGAGACCAUGUCGUUAUUACGUGACUGACGAUGAUCGAAUUGUCUGUGCUUCAGAAGUCGGCACCAUCGCAAUUGAACCAGAACGUGUCAUUCUGAAGGGCCGUCUUCAGCCUGGAAAAAUGCUGUUGGUCGACACGGAAGCUGGCCGUAUCAUUGACGACGCAGAGCUCAAAGAGACCGUCGCAAAGCGACAACCUUUCCAACAAUGGUUAGACAAAUAUCUGAUGAAGAUGCCUGUGGUCAGCGAGGCUCUCAGCAACGAGAUCGAUCUAGACUUUAAGCUGAACGACGACACCAUCCAGGAAGAUGUCAGACUCCGUGCUUUUGGAUAUUCCUUCGAACAGGUUAGUCUACUGCUCGGGCCUAUGGCCGCUGAUUCGAAAGAGGCUCUGGGCUCAAUGGGGAACGACGCGCCACUUGCAUGUCUUGCACAGCAACCUCGUCUGUUGUUCGAGUACUUUAGACAACUUUUCGCCCAAGUCACCAACCCACCCAUUGAUCCCAUUCGAGAAGCUAUUGUCAUGUCUCUAGAGUGCUAUAUUGGCCCCCAAGGCAACUUACUAGAAAUGGAGGAGUCCCAAUGUGGUAGACUAUUACUCCCAUCACCAAUCCUUGAGAUCGAGACCUUCAAUGCUCUCAGGAAUAUGUCUCGAUAUCAAAAGGACUGGACGGUCAAGACCAUUGACAUCACUUUCGAUAAGUGGUCGGGUGUCGAAGGCUACAAACAGGCUCUAGACAGCAUCUGUGAUGCCGCAACGGAGGCCAUCGAAGCAGGUGACAAGAUAAUCAUUCUAUCCGAUCGUGCAACAUCCGCCGACAGAGUUCCAAUCUCUUCACUCCUGGCAACUGGCAUGGUUCAUCAUCAUUUGGUUCGCAACAAAUGGAGAUCUCGAGCAGCGAUUGUCGUGGAGACCGCAGAAGCUAGAGAAGUCCACCAUAUGUGUGUGCUUGUCGGUUAUGGUGCUGAUGCCAUCAAUCCAUAUUUGGCUAUGGAAUGUAUCCUGAAGAUGAACCGUGAGGGACUUUUCAGGAAGAAAUUGUCGGACAAGCAAAUCAUCGCAAACUACAAGGCGUCGUGUGAUGGCGGUAUUCUGAAAGUCAUGAGCAAGAUGGGUAUCUCUACUCUCCAAUCUUACAAAGGUGCUCAGAUUUUCGAGGCUCUUGGUAUUGAUGAUUCUGUGGUCGAUCGCUGCUUUGCAGGUACUGCCACUCGUGUUCGAGGUAUGACAUUCGAGCUCAUUGCCGAGGAUGCUUUUGCUUUCCAUGAGAAAGGAUACCCUUCACGCCAUAUUCGCGAGAUCCCUGGAUUACCGGAAUCAGGAGAAUAUCAUUGGCGUGACGGUGGGGAGCCUCACAUCAAUGAUCCCGUCAGCAUUGCCAACAUUCAAGACGCUGUCAGAACGAAGAACGAUAAAUCCUAUGAAGCGUAUUCUCUUUCCGAAUACGAGCAGAUUAAGAACUGCACGCUACGAGGCAUGCUCGACUUUGAUUUCGAUCAGCGAAAUCCUGUACCUAUUGAUCAGGUCGAACCUUGGACUGAAAUUGUGCGACGAUUUGUCACAGGAGCCAUGUCUUAUGGUUCAAUCUCGAUGGAAUCCCACUCCACACUCGCGGUCGCCAUGAAUCGUCUCGGUGGGAAAUCAAACACAGGCGAAGGUGGUGAAGACCCAGAGCGAAGCUUGAAGAUGGAAAACGGAGACUCCAUGCGUUCAGCCAUCAAGCAGAUUGCUUCCGGCCGAUUCGGUGUUACCUCCAACUAUCUUGCCGAUUCAGAUGAGCUACAAAUCAAGAUGGCCCAAGGUGCCAAGCCUGGUGAGGGUGGUGAACUCCCUGGACAUAAAGUAUCGGAAUCCAUUGCACGCACCAGACACUCGACACCUGGUGUCGGUCUUAUCUCUCCUCCUCCACAUCACGAUAUCUACUCCAUUGAGGACCUAAAACAACUCAUUUAUGAUUUGAAGUGCUCGAACCCUCGGGCUCGAGUGUCUGUCAAGCUCGUUUCUGAGGUUGGUGUGGGUAUUGUCGCUGCUGGUGUUGCAAAAGCCAAGGCUGAUCACAUCUUGAUCUCUGGCCACGAUGGUGGUACUGGUGCCUCUCGCUGGACCGGUAUCAAAUACGCUGGUCUUCCAUGGGAACUGGGUCUUGCUGAAACUCAUCAGACCCUUGUUUUGAACGAUCUUCGGGGACGUGUAAUUGUCCAGACUGAUGGUCAGCUCCGCACUGGUCGUGACGUUGCGAUUGCAUGCUUGCUUGGUGCUGAAGAAUGGGGCUUUGCAACAACACCUCUGAUUGCAAUGGGCUGUAUCAUGAUGAGAAAGUGCCACUUGAACACUUGUCCUGUAGGUAUUGCGACGCAAGACCCGUUGCUGAGGAAGAAGUUCCAAGGAACUCCCGAACACGUGAUCAAUUUCUUCUACUACAUUGCCAACGAGCUCCGAGCCAUCAUGGCGCACCUCGGUUUGAGAACUGUGAAUGAAAUGGUUGGUCAUGCCGAGUUGUUGAAGGUACGGGAGGAGAUCCGUACCCCCAAGACCGAGAACAUUGAUCUUUCUUUGAUUCUCACACCGGCGCAUUCUAUUCGUCCAGGUGUUGCAACAUAUAACGUUCGAAAACAAGAUCACAAGUUGCACACUCGUCUCGACAACAAGUUGAUCUCUGAGUCUGAGCUCGCUCUCGAGAAGGGUCUUCCAUGCCGUAUCGAGACCGAUAUUGUGAACACCGAUCGUACACUGGGUGCCACUCUUUCAUACCACAUCAGCAAGCGCUAUGGUGAAGCCGGUCUACCUCAAGAUACCAUCCAUGUCAACAUUAGAGGAUCUGCAGGUCAAUCAUUCGGUGCUUACCUGGCACCCGGUGUCACGCUUGAACUUGAGGGAGAUGCCAAUGAUUAUGUUGGAAAGGGUCUCUCAGGAGGUCGCCUGAUCAUCUACCCACCACGAAGCGCCGUAUUCAAGGCAGAAGAGAACAUCUUAAUCGGCAAUGUCUGCUUGUAUGGCGCGACCUUGGGAACAUGUUACUUCCGAGGUGUUGCCGCUGAACGUUUCGCCGUUCGAAACUCGGGAGCGAAUACUGUUGUGGAAGGCGUUGGUGACCAUGGUUGUGAGUACAUGACUGGUGGUCGCGUCGUUAUCCUCGGAAGCACUGGCCGUAACUUCGCGGCUGGUAUGUCUGGUGGUAUUGCCUAUGUUCUCGACAUGAACCAAGACUUCCAUUCCAAGAUCAAUAUGGAGAUGGUUGAAGUUUCCGGCGUCGAGGACCCAACUGAGAUUGCUUUCCUUCGAGGUAUGAUCGAAGAUCAUCAUCACUACACGGGUUCCGAGCUUGCGGCUCGUAUUCUGUUGGAGUUCAACCGUGCACUUCCACGCUUUGUCAAGGUCCUCCCUACCGACUACAAGCGCGUACUUGCUGAACGUGCCGCUAAGGCCGAGGAAGCAAAGAAGGCCGAAUACCCAUUGCCUUUGCUUCCAGGGAACCCCGUCAGGUCCCUUCAUCAAGAGCAACGUGACGCCGCACAAGAUAAGGAAGCCAAACAAAAGAAGGUGGACAUGCUUGACAUUGAGGAAGGCGUGAACGGCGAUGCUCAAAAGGCGAAACAAAAGGCAGGCCUAGUUCUCGACAAGACGCGAGGUUUCAUGAAGUACACUCGUCGCAGCGAGAAAUAUCGCAACGUCAAAACCCGAACGAAGGAUUGGGCUGAGUUGUCUUCUCGUCUCAACGAGGAUGAGCUCAAAUACCAAUCAGCACGGUGCAUGGACUGUGGUGUUCCUUUCUGUCAAUCUGAUUCCGGAUGUCCGAUUUCGAACAUUAUCCCCAAGUGGAAUGAGCUUGUCUUCCAAAACCAAUGGCAGGAUGCCUUGAACCGACUACUCAUGACCAAUAACUUCCCUGAGUUCACUGGCCGUGUCUGCCCUGCUCCAUGCGAAGGGGCUUGUGUUCUGGGUAUCAAUGAGGACCCUGUAGGCAUCAAGAGCAUCGAGUGUGCCAUCAUCGACAAAGGAUUUGAAAUGGGGUGGAUGGUCCCUACUCCACCCACCCAGCGCACUGGUAAGAAGGUGGCGGUGAUUGGAUCUGGCCCUGCUGGUCUUGCCACUGCUGAUCAGCUCAACCGUGCUGGUCACUCCGUCACGGUCUAUGAGAAAUCUGAUCGCGCCGGGGGCCUUCUCAUGUACGGCAUUCCCAACAUGAAGCUCGACAAGCGCAUUGUUCAACGACGAGUGGAUCUGAUGGCUGCCGAGGGUAUUGUCUUUAAGACUGGUGUUCUUGUUGGACCCAACGAAGAAGCUAGCCUCGAAUCUCUACGUGCGAGCCAUGACGUUGUUGUCAUUUCUACUGGAGCUCAAGUUCCUCGGGACUUGAAGAUCAAGAAUCGAGAGAAUGAGGGUAUCCAUUUUGCCAUGGAAUUCUUGCACGCAAAUACCAAGUCCUUGUUGGACUCUGAGCUCGGAGAUGGCAAAUACAUUUCUGCCAAAGACAAGCAUGUCAUUGUUAUUGGCGGUGGAGAUACCGGGAAUGAUUGUAUCGGUACAUCACUCAGACACGGCGCCAAGUCGAUCACCAACUUUGAAUUGUUGCCCCAACCGCCACCAGAGCGUGCUCGAGACAACCCUUGGCCUCAGUGGCCCAGAAUCUACCGUGUUGACUAUGGACACACAGAAGUCAAGCAGCAUUAUGGCAAGGACCCUCGUGAGUACUGUGUGAUGACCAAGGAUUUCGAGGUCAAGGAUGGCCGAGUCGUGGGCAUCAACACGACUCGUGUCGAAUGGACCAAGAACUCUACUGGUGGCUGGGAUAUGAAGCCAAAAGAAGGCAGUGAAGAGUACUUUCCGGCCGACCUUGUCCUUCUGUCAAUGGGCUUCCUUGGCCCCGACGAGCACCUGUUCAAUGCAGAGGUCGAGCUUGAUGGACGCAAAAACAUCAAGACCCCAAAGAAUCAGUACAACACCAACCUGGACGGUGUGUUUGCUGCUGGUGAUUGUCGUCGUGGACAGUCCCUCAUUGUUUGGGGCAUCAACGAAGGUCGACAAUGUGCUCGUCAAGUGGACAGUUACCUUAUGGGCACAGGCUCUUCGCUUCCGGUCACGGGUGGCAUUGUACGACGCGCUCAACAUGACACCGUUCCAGUCCCGAAGGAAGUCAAGGUCGCCGCUUAA